CAUAGAUCAGAUCCAGAUGGGAUUAUAAAGCCCUUGCAAGUGCAAAAGAUAAGACUGUAGUACAAGUUGACCCAGUUACUGUCCACUCGGUACUGAGAGGACAAAGUGUUGUAAAUCAGGGAAGGAAAAUCUCGGUGAAAGUUUGACAGUGAUGGCUGAAGGUGUUACCAUGGAGGCCUAUGUAUCCUUGGCGACUAAUAAUGACUACUGCCACGGAGCCAUUGCCCUGGCCUGCUCCCUUCGAUUGACAAACACUAGUCGUAAACUCUGUUUGCUCAUUUCAGAAAAAGUUACUGUUGAUAUGAGAGAGAAGCUAGAGAAGGUAUGGGAUGAAAUGAUUGUCAUUGAAGAGAUAACGAGUGGAGACGAAGAGAAGCUAGCGCUUAUAAAAAGACCAGAACUUGGCGUUACAUUUUCUAAGCUACACAUCUGGCGUUUGGUCCAUUAUUCCAAAUGCGUCUUCCUUGAUGCCGACACUUUAGUCCUAACUAAUGUUGAUGAAUUGUUUGAAAGAGAAGAAAUGUCAGCUGCUCCAGAUAUUGGCUGGCCCGAUCUCUUUAACUCUGGAGUGUUUGUCUUUAGACCAAGUCUAGAGACAUUUGCCUCACUUUUAGAGCUUGCUGAUAAAGAAGGCAGCUAUGACGGAGGCGAUCAAGGUCUUUUAAAUUUAUACUGGAGAGAUUGGUCAAUACGUGAUGCACCUUAUAGGCUCCCUUUCACGUAUAACGUUGUAGCCAAUAUCACCUAUAGCUACCCACCAGCUUUUUUACGUCAUCGAAAGGACAUGAAGAUAAUUCAUUUCCUCGGUGCCAUUAAACCCUGGCAUCAUCGCUACAUACCGAGCGAUGGGUCCAUCAUAAUGCACCCAGGGGCAGACCAGUCCCACUAUGGAGCUGAAGAGUUCAUUAGGAAGUGGUGGGAGAUAUAUCAUAAGCAUCAUUCUCUAUUGGGCCCACAUUUAGCUGGUGAAAUCGAACAUCAUGAGCUCUCUUCUCCUUUUCAACCAUCAGAUGGUGAAAGGAAGGCUUCAUGGGAGAGACAGGCUCCGGAUUAUCACGGGGUGGAUCAGUCCGAUAGCGUUAUGGCUCACAUUAAGUCUCAGGUGGACUGAUGAUAUUCUAAUUGACAAUUUAUUAGCAAGAGUACAUUCUAGAUACUGUUAAUAGUCUUUCUUUUUUGCUUUGUGUGUAAUUUUUACAUCAUUGUCCUUUUGCUGCCGUUAUUAUUAA